AUGAAUUAAGGGGAAUCAAAUGAUUUGUUGUCAUUUAAAAGAGAGAAGUUUAGAGUAUAGAUAAGACACCAAAAACUAACAGAGGAGUUUAAGAAAAAAAGACGGUUCUAUAAUUAUGAAUAAACAAAAAAUGAUUUUCUACAUAAAGUUUGCGAUGAACUAGUCAAUUAUCAAUUUAGAGAGUAGUUAAUUGAGGAAGACCUUAAUAAUAUUAAGUUAUUACUAAAUGUGCUCUAAAAAGCCUUUGAAGAUGAGUAAAAUGUUGAUUAUUGGGUGACUGAAAAUAUAGUAAAAAAAUUUAGAUUCCUUAUAAAUCUAUCAAAAAUGGAUAAUGAGUUUCAAGAAAUAAAUGCAACGUUAAUUCAAAGUGUUUUCUAUUAUCUAAACAGAGAAGAUUAUUAAAAGUUUGCAGAAUUAGAUGAUAUCCAAUUUUUGUAAUACUUAUAAAAUAAUAUAAAAGAAGAGGUAUUUGAAAUAUUCCCUUAAACUUUAAAUUGCAUCUAUUUUCUAGCCUAAGAAAAGCAGACUUAUAGAGAUUUACUAAUCUAAAAUAAUUUUGAAUUUCUAUCUUAAUUAAUGGUGCUUGAUCCUAAUAGACAAUUUUCUGAAGUUAUCUUAGCCUUAAUAGGUUCAGCCUUUACUUUUUGUUUGGAAAUCAAUAUUGACAAAAUUAAAUCAAUUAAGGAAUACGUAAUAAAGUCUUACUUUGAUGAAAAUUAAGCCAUAAGGAGAUUAGCCUUGGAAAUUCUUGAGGAAAUCCCUUCAAAAUUAUCAUUUGAAAAUAAUUAUACCUACGCAAAUGAAAUAAUCUCUUCUCCAAUGUUCUUAAAACUCUAUGACACAGCUUUAAGAACAAGUUAUGAUUUUUUAGCUUUGAAAGUUGUGAUUAUUUAUUAUGGAAUUAGUGAUUAGUUAUUUGAGAAGGAGUUUGUUAUCUAUAAGAAAGUAAUCAACUCAAAUUUUCAAUCACAAGAUCUUAAUAAAGCUUUGAGAAUCUAAUUAUUUUGGGCUAUUUCCAAUAAAAUUCAGAACAAGGAAUUCCUACUUUAAUUAUUAGACUCUUAAUUGCUAGAUUAGAUUUUUGGACAGACUUCCGAAUUCUCAGAUAAUGAGGCUCUUGAAUUCUCGUAUGUGAUUUUGAAUUUCUCUAUUUUGUGUAACGAAGAAUAAUUAUCAAAAUUAAUUAGAAUAGGAUUGUUAACUAUAUGCAAUCAUUUGUUUUCUAUGGAAGCACGAUCAACAAAGAUCGAAGAACAUACUGUUAAAACAUUACUUAAUAUUUUGCAUAAGCUAUUUGAUUCUUAAGAUGUUAACAAUGAGUUAAUUAUACCAUUUUCAGCAGUAGUAAAAAUGAUUGAAAUGAGUGGAAUUGUUAAUAAAGUGAAGGAGAGUCAGAUUGAUGAUAAAUUAAUCUAAGAUUUUGAUGUGUAUUUUUGA